CUACAACGUGCAAUUACAAGUAUGUUUUCAACAAGUUUUCGUUGCAGUUGCACCGUGGAGUGAAAUGAGGGUGUUCGUUGUAGAGAAGACGUAAGUAAAAGUAUCUACACACUGGAGGCACGAAGAUGUCUUCGCACGUUGUUGAGAGCGACCUUGCUAGCCAGGGCGAGAUGGCGGCUGCCAUCGAGCGUGGACAAGAUGCGAGGGAAACUGUUGCGCUAGACGCGUUGCGAUCUGCGGGGCGCGCUCGACUCGUCGAAGCUGAGAAUGCGCGCCUCCGGACUCUCGUUGCAAAACUGACUGGCGAAUUGGAGCAUCUCUCGCAGCUCUAUCAAACGGAACGCACGUCAAAUUUUGCGGUGGCCUCCACGCUUUCCGCAGUCCGGUCGCCGCCGCAGUUGCCUGGAGCAUCUACUCUUGGUCCACCCACCAGUUCAGGUGGAGCAGGAGGUGGCACCUUCAACACGGGAGGAAACGUUCAACAUUUAUUUCAUCACGGUGCAGGAGCUCAGUACGGACCUUCAUCUUCGUCCUCGUCACCCCAUGCUGCUGCCGGAACCAGCGGUAGCACAAAUUAUCUUCAAGUCCGGCGAUCCUUUGGUGCGGCAGAUGGAAGCGGAUUUGGAGGCAACGCGACUGCGACUCUUGCUACCAUUAAGGCAUUGAUCGAUCUUGUGUGGACGUGGAGGGCUAGGCUGAGUUCUUGGUUCUCCCUGAGAAUUUAAGCGGGAUUUUGAAGGGGAGAUGAAAGGGAAGCCACCCGGGGACCGACUCAGCCACGAACUCAAGCUUUAAUCGUUGCAGCCCUCGGAGUGCAUUGCUGCCCCCACCCGGUCUUUUUCAAAUGAAUUCUUCGUCUAGUACAAAUUCGUCUCCGUCGGCGAUGAUGCACGCGACGAGCAAUCUUAACAUGCACCAGAACUUCCGGCAUCAGAGUCAGCCCACAUCCUCGACAAACCCAGGGCCAUCUUUGAGCCGUUCAGUGGCAGUGCAGGUGACGGAUUUUGAAGACGAGGCUUUGAAGAUUCGUGCGGCAACAGAAGAUUAAGGUUGCCCCUAAUUCUUGUCAAAUUCUUCCCCAUGAGGUUGAUGUAAGUAUUUCCAGUUUGCUGUUCAUUCGACUCAAAGAGAGCAGUGCUGUGCACUGAUUCUCAUUUUAUUUCUCCUUGCUACAAGAAUUAGAAUUAUAGACGUGAUUUUGAGUUGGAUAAGGAGAGCGAACAGAGAUGACCACAACAGACUUCUACGCAUUCUACUUCUGCAACAAUAAAUAUCAUACGAUCUAAAGAGCAGGUCUCUGUCGGCAGCUGUCAGCUAAAAUCCGUUUGCUCCGACAGCAAGCAAGUGAACGGGAAGGCAAGGUGCGGGAAACCUAUUUGCUUCAGCAGGAGCUACGCCAGCAAGAGCGAGAAGCCCGAGAACUCGAGAAGCAGCGGGCGAUAGAGGAGACGCAGCGCCUUGCGCGGGAAUACGAAUUGCAAACCAUGGAAAGUUACGAGAUCUUCAAGAGAACUGAGGAACUCUUCUCAUUGUUCUCCUGUCGUUCUAGCUAGACUUCUUCGAGAGGUGAUGUAAGUAUUCGGAUUUUUCAUUGAAAACAAAACUUCUGGGCUUUAGGGACACUUGCCGACCUACCUAGCUAAUAUGUAGCGGACCUCGCAUCGCAGUAUUACCGGGCUUGGCUUCGGACGCAAGAAGAGGCGCGAGACAUGAUGCGGAUUCUUCGCGGUCUGAAAAAAGAUAUCGAGACUUGGAAACGUAAAUACGAAGUGGCGCUCGAAAGAGAUCAGGUAGAAUCAAUGCUUUUGAAAUCAUUUUUCUUAGUUGAAGUUCACGUUGUUACCUCAAGCAGUGCAUAUCAUUGCACAAGAUACAAAGAAUUUUUUCAUUUUUUAUAUAUAAGAAGAAUUGUUUCCUGAAUUCUAAGGCCAAUGAGAUCAUUGGUCUUAGUAGAAAUUAAUUGGUUCGUUGAUUUCUAUGUAGUAAUUAAGGUAUGGUGAUUUUUCCUCGACCUCGUCUUAGGUUAGUCUCGUCAUCCAAUAUACUUAUUUAUAUCUUGAAGAUGGUUUGUGCUGUUGAUAAUCAUGUUUGUUGUAUCUUCUAGCCCAUUAUCAACCAUCGUCGAUCAAUCCUUGACUUUGAUCUGUAGUUUUGUGAUUUUCCUUUGCGUCGAAGCUAACAACAAACAAAUAGAAAUUCCGUUUUAUCAUUUUCUUCUUCAGGAGCGGCAACGCGUGAUCAAGAGUUUGGAGGGUGACGCAGCAACUCUGCUAGAACAGAUUGCCGAGGCACGUCGGAGAGAGCGCGAGCUGAGCGGGAUGCGGCACGAAGAUGCCGAUGUUGUCACGGAUGUCGAAUUACGCGAAGCCUUUCCUCAUGUGGGAAAGAUCACCAGCAAAUCAUCUAGAACCUUGACACUGUCCUCGGAAGCUGAAGGUAGUGUCAACGAGGAGGGUGAGUCUCCUGUGAAUGCCAGGGGGUUGAAUUUUUGUCCCGAAACUAGUACGACAGGUUCUGAGUCUGUAGUUGGGAGUCUCUUUCGUGUCACUCGGGAGCGCCUCACGGGUUACAUACAAGCUCGGAAAGACCACGAUGAGUAUCGGCGGCAGUGCUUGUUUUGCGAGGUCGCCGACAAUGCCUUGGUAACGCAAGGAGCAUCGGACGUCCAAGGAGCAGAAGUUCAAGUCAAUACCGACGAGAACUUGAGGGGAACGGGAGCGACAAAAGUUAAAGCUUGCACAAAUCCAUCUUCUUUGGAAGCGUCCUAACUAACAGCGUUGAUUCUUUUGAAGGGAAAAAAGGUUCCAUGCUGCAUGAUUUCAAGAGGGAUUUGUGGAAGGUCUAAAAAUGGAUGGUCUUCCGAUUUCGGACGUGACCCAUAUGAUGCAGACUAUGAUGGUUCAGCCGAGAAUGGAGGUUUACUGACGGGCGGAAGUAGUGGAAGUUUAAGCCUCAUAGUAUACAUAGUUAGUAGUUCCCACAAUCCAAACUUUAGGAAGCGUCUCGAGAGUAAUUGUUUAGUGUGAAUAAGUUAAGGAAACUAUUGAAGGUUGAUAUAUCCACUAUCGUCUAACACAACAACACAAUAGUAGUUCAUGUUAAUUUCGUCCUCCAUACUAGUGCAUCUCUUCUUGAGGUCAUUCAUUUCUUAUUUGCAAUAAAAUUCAUUUGUGAAAUAGAAAUAAAAAUGAAACAACUUAUGAUUAAAAUUACUAUAGAAAUGAACUUCAAAGUAUGUACUUGGGAUAUUAGAAACAACAAGGAAACGGAUUUUUGUUGCCACUCCUAAAACCGGGUUCGACAAAUGCAGCGUCAACUCAGACGAGUCUGGAAAUGCUUGCGGGCUAUGUCGUCACGAGCUCGGAGCUUCUGCGGAUGUUGCACAGUGCGGGUGUAGCAAUAUCUUACAACUAUAAUGGGUCUUUAAAUUUCUAUGCAACGUCUAUCACCGGAGGAAGCCAGCCGUACCAGCAAUUUGCAACAUCGAGUGGUGCUGGGGUAGUGCAGGUGAGCUCUGUGAUUACGGCUAGCUUUUGUUUUUCAAUGUCAUCAUCUACCACUAAGCGUGUGACAACUGUGGGCGGCAGAUAUUCUGAACAAUGAAAAUUCUUUUCAUCUUCAUCGUAGGUACGUAGGAAGAACGAGAAUUGAAGGGGAAAGAUGAAAGUACUUCACUCGAGCACGGACGCUGCAGUUGCUAUGAACAGGAGCAUGCAGCAUGAUCAUCAAGAAGGUCUCUUAUACUAUAUGACAUGACUCAACCACGGAAGACGAGAGAUUCAUUCAUCUAAAGUGAGCACGAGCAGCGGCCAAGGCAGAGCAUUAGGCGUAGGAAAAACUAUGAGUUUAUCACCUUCGAAGUAUUUAGGAUCAUCUUCUCCAUCUUCUCCUGGAGUUGGCGGGUUCACAGGAGGACGAUUCGGUGCAUCUCCCGCGACUGCAGUAGAUGCUCGAAAAACAAAGUUCGUGCAUGCCGUAGAUAAAGUGAAAGCAGUCCAGCGAUUUGGAAUAUUCUUCAACGCGAAUCCGCAGCAAGGAGGGGCAGCGAGCAGUCAGCAAGUUGUAGGAGGUGCAACGAAUCAGGGUACUAUCACAACUGCAGCGGAACCUCCGCCUCCCAUCAUCUCCACUGCACAAAGAAGUAUGUCUCCAACUUCGCUCGGAGUCGGAGUACACCUCAGCAAUAUGGGUAUCGCGUCGGCGCAAUAUCAGAACUUGACAACUCAACACAAUAUGUCUCCUACCCCUGGUGGCACGCAAUCAAAGAUGGACCAAGCAAGCAAAGCCGCGAACCAGAGUCAACAUGCAGCUUCAUCAUCUGCUUACAACGCGUUUGCUACUACUACUUUCAAGGUGGAGCAAGAAUCAGGAUCCGUUCUGGCCUCGCUGGGGGUCGGCAUAGGACCAAUGCCUCAGCUAGCAGGUUUAGGGUCCUCCGAGAAUGUCGAUGGACCUGCUUCGACGAGACGGGGAAGCAACGCUGCCAGCCCGCCGCGUGGCCGAGGCAAGAGAAGCAAGAUGGCGCAAAUAAUUCAAAAGCAUCGCGUCGUCAAAUCCUUCGUGGAUGCAGCGAAGAACACAUGACGAUGACCAGAACAUAUAGUUUAUUACAUGGUCUUCUAAUAAUCUUCAGGUUUAGUGCCUCGUCAUAUUGUCCUCACACAGGAUCAAGAAGUCUCAACGCAGCACAUAUUUUACUUGAUUGAGUACUAACAAGUUUGUAAGAUAAAUAAAGCACACUGAUGUGGAUAAAUGCACAUUGUUCUGGAAAACACGUGUCAGUCCUUAUCAUAUUAUUUACGGCUGCAACAAGUUCUGAGUUCUACGCUCAGAAAGAUUUUGUUUGUUUGAGAAGAUAUAAAGUACUUUGGUGUUCCUCUGUCCACCUCAUUAUUUGAGUUGAAAUAGUUUCGAAGACUAAGUAGUACUUAAAUCUGUUGUAUAGAUGCUUGAGAUCUAAACAGUCAUAGUAUGUGCAUUAUGCAUGUGCAACUAAAGUUAUGUUUUUCUUCAGCUGACUCUACGGGCUUGUCUACGAUGGGUCGUGCAUAAUAAGGAGCUUCUGUGCAUGGAAAUAGGGCUACAAGCAAGUAUAUGUAAAAAGAUAUGCAUGGUCGUCUGACCCAUUCUUGCACGAUGGACAUAUUAAGUACUCGGAAUAUAU